AGUACUUCAGGGGGUCGCGGUAAACAAACUCAGCUGCGGAGAUAUUUGUAGGAUCGCGGCGGAGUUUAGAGCGCGUGCUUCUAUUUUUUUUUACGGUGGAAUUUUCGUCGUUUAUUUUUUCUCUUUUUCUUCUUUAAAAAAAUCGCACGAGUGACAGAACUGCAGGAGCGCGAGGACACAAAGCAGAAAAGGAGGGAAUUGGAGUUCAGCAGCAGUAUUAGCAGGAGGAGGAGGAGGGUUUGUUUUGUUUGGUUGAGCGCUCUGCUCUCCACGCUGCUCUCGGUCGCUGCUGAGCUUUUCCUGCCCGACUUCUGCUGCGUUUCAGCUUUUUUUAUCUGGAGAGAAGCGCUAAAAUCCUCGUUUGUGGAUCGUUUAACGUAGUUAGCUCCAUUCAGUGUGCCAUAUAUGGAGCAGAGAGCUGCAGCGAAAGCAGCCAAGCGAAGUAACCCAACAGCCAGCGUUAAACUAGCCAUGGUGAAACUGACUAAGGCCAAAACGUUCCAGGCAUACCUGGACUCCUGCCACCGUCGCUACAGCUGUGUCCACUGUCGGGCACACCUGGCCAACCAUGAUGACCUCAUCUCCAAGUCUUUUCAAGGUAGCCAGGGACGUGCCUAUCUAUUCAACUCUGUGGUAAAUGUGGGCUGUGGUCCAGCUGAGGAGAGGCUGCUGUUGACUGGUCUUCAUGCUGUGGCUGACAUUUACUGUGAGAACUGCCACACUACGUUGGGCUGGAAAUAUGAACAAGCGUUUGAGUUGAGUCAGAAGUAUAAGGAGGGAAAGUACAUUAUUGAACUAUCCCACAUGAUUAAGGACAAUGGCUGGGACUGAAGCCUUCACCACCUGCCAUCCUACUCUGUCCGCAGCGUACAGCUUUGCCAAGAACAGCAUGAUGCGCCUUUUAUACGUAUAUACAUAUAUAUUCUUUACAUUACUAUUGAGCACCUUUUUCCCCACUUUGAUAUCGUAAUGCAUCAGUUUUACAUUAAAGGAGGAAGCUCUUGGAGAGCAAUGAGAACUGACCAUGCACAAACAAAUACAAUGGAUAUAAAAAAACUGUGAUUGCUUGCAGCCACUUCACAAUCUCCAAAAACUUGUUGGGAUGUAAUCCACUAGUUCUCGUUUUCCAGCACAUUAAGUGCAAUUCAAAAGGCUGGAAAAAGGGGUCCAUUGACUUGUUUUCCUUUUUACCUAGGUUUAAAAGAAAAGUGAGGUAGUAUGUGCAUAAUUAUUUCAGAUGAAAUGUAUUUUACUCAAGUAUCGUUAAGUUUUGUGGUAUUUACCACUAGAGGUAUAUGUUUUAUUUCUGUGUGGAGUGGAUUGAGAGACUAAGUGCAAUAUGUGUGUUUGUAUGUGUGCAUUUCUUUGUUUGUCUUGUUUUGGGGUGGGUGGGAAGAUAUAGGGUAAAUCUGCAUUCCUCUUCAAAUUCAGUCCUUUUUGUUUGAUAGGUUACAAAAGAAACCCAUCAAAUAUGGCUGCAUUUUUAAGAGAUCAGUGCUAAUCAGUUGUAGCUCAUAGAGGAGGUGGUGUACAUUCAACUGUUUUUGAGACACAUCAGUUACAGCUUUUGAAAAUGAUUGUAGAAUGUAAUCGAGACUUCCACCCUUGUAUGUCUUUUUUUCUGUGUUUGUCUGUCUGAGAAAUGUAAAUAUAGUCUAACUUUUGAGCAGCAUGUACAGAGACACGUUUAUGAUCAUGUUUAGAGGAAACACUAUGGUAAAUGAUUUUGUGAUUGAGUAGCACUUCUUCAAAUGCUAAGUUGUUAAAAUUUGUUUUAUUAAUCAUGUCUGUACAUUUAAAUUAUGUGAUUAAAUAAACUUUGAUUCUGUU